AUGUCUCACCUCGAAGUUCUUGAUCUUAUCAUCCUUAUUCUGGAGGGACUGCUGUGCAUCGCUUCCAUAUGCGAGUCGGGCUACAAGAUCUAUAAAGUCUAUAAGUCUUAUAUAGAGGACAGAAAGAAGAGAAUGAGGAAUAAGAUGAUGCGGGAUUGGGAUGGUCCGGACGAUAAGGAUAAGGAUAUGGAGAUGGGCUGGGGAGCAAACUCUUGGAGGACAUCACCUCCCUAUUAUCGACAUGGCCUGGGAGAUUACACGAGAGAACCGAGGCUUACAAAAGAAGUUAAAGAUGCCUCUAUGUGGAAAGGGUUUGAGAGAUCAUCUGACGAUCAGCAAGCUAUGCUUGAUGAAGAGCAGCUAGAUUCGCUUGACCAUGAGAUCAUACGGCAACUUGAAUUGGCUGAGAUGGAACGCGAGGCGAGGCGAAUUCUUCCUACCUACGGCUGA